UUAUUAGUGUUUUCUCUUGUGUGAUCGCGUUAUGUAGUGCUCGUUGAAACGGUAGAGCAAAUCUGGUUUCACUUUUAUUUUUGUUCCACAAGGAUUACCCUCAUCUCCUUCAGAUAUAUAGGUAAAGAACUGAAGAAUCAACCUCAAUCUCUUCUCCAUUCGUCCGUCCCUUUGAUACUUACAUUAGGGCUUCCCGGAAGGAUGAAAGGAAUACUCCUCUGUUUAGUAGCGACGGUGCUACUAAACCUGGCCUCGGGAACCAUAUGUAGUUGUCCGUGGAAGUGCACUUGCACCUCCUUCGGGACCUCCGGCAUAACAGCAGAAUGUUCAGCACUGCUCUUGGGCAAGCAAAAUUUCUGCGACUCAAUUCAACACCUGAAGGUGAUCAACGCGGAACACGAGAUCGCCCUGGGAGCUGGUGUCUUCCAAGACCUCGGCCUGAAGAAAGUCGAGUCCAUCGAGAUCGUCAACUCCUCUCUGAGCACGAUCGACGUGAACGCCUUCCGCGGUCUUGAGAAUCUCUAUUAUCUCAGUCUUGCCGACAACGGACUCAUUCUGAUUCACCCUGACACUUUCAUCGACAACCCAAGCUUGAAAGUCCUCAUCUUGAGCGGGAAUGCUUUGCAGUUGACACAAGUUCUGGAACCCUCGCGCAAAUAUCUGAUCAAGUCUAGUUCCUUAUUGGAGCUCAAGCUGGCUAGAUGUCAGCUUCGUUCGCUCCUGCCCGACACAUUUAGUCAAGUUCCCAACUUAAUGCUCCUGGAUUUGUCUUCGAACCGUUUGUCCCGGGUCACAAGCGACAUCUUCGAGCCCAUUCGCUUUCUCGAAGAACUGAACCUGUCCAAUAACAUGAUUCGUGAGCUAAGUAAAAACACGUUCUCUCACCUAGAGGAACUCAUGGAUCUCAACUUGAGGAAUAACUCUCUCACGUCGUUCGAUAACAUUGAUUUGAAUGAUAUGGAGAGCCUGGACUUAAGCAUGAAUCGUCUUGAAGACAUCACGAACACGACGUUCGCUCGAGUUGAAGGCAUAGAAUCUUUGAACAUUUCCAGUAAUGUCAUUCGCUCUAUCAGCGCCGAUGCUUUUGCGAAAAUGCCCUCCCUGCGACACCUUGAUAUGUCCUGGAAUCAGUUGUUUGACCCAUUGGACGCUGAUCUCUUCAGUGGCAAUUUUGACCUCGAAACCCUCAGUAUCGCCGGCAAUAAGAUCGGUAACUUCUCCGACGACCGCGGUUUCUUCGGAAAACACCUAAUGUUGUACAAACUCGAUGCCUCACACUGCGGUUUGAUCAUGAUAACGGACAAAGAUUUCGAGGGUCUGGACAAUAUAGCUUCCCUCGAUUUAAGUCACAAUCACCUGACUUUUGUCUCCAUCGCAGAACGCAGGAGCUUAUCCAACUUGAAGUCUCUGAAGAUGCUCGACUUGUCCCACAACCGAAUCGAAGAACUGACAGAAGACAUGUUUGCCAACAACACCAAGUUGACAAGCUUGAACCUCGCUGGUAACCCCAUCACUGUUUUGCCAGUAGCUGCGUUUGUGCCUCUGAGCAAUUUGGAUUAUUUGGACGUCAGCAGCUGUGAGCUCGUGAGCAUUUGGAACCGAAACCUAUCACAGUACCAGUCACUGGAGCUUCUACCGCGUCUGUCUUACAUCAACAUCUCUCACAACCAGCUCCAGUUUUUGCACGUUCACGACUUCAAACCUCUUGAAAAUUUGAAAACUGUAGAGCUCGUGGAAAAUCCUCUCGAGUGUGUCGGUCCGUUCACCCAGUUGGUGGAGUACUUCAUCGGCAAACGCAUCGGCCCAUCGCAGUACGCCCCCAAGUCCUUGGAAUAUCUGUCGGAGAACAUCAAGGUGCGCGUGCGCAAGACCUUGGAAUGGAAACCCAUCGUCCAAGAAGUUUGCAUCAUGUACGAGAACGAUGCGCUGAGCCCGAAGGAGAACACGCUGAAGAAAGAAGACAAGAAAGAGAUAGAUCUCUCGAAAAUUCCGUUCAUCAUUGACUCGGCAAAUAUUCCUAUGUCUGCAAUUCAGGCCGAAACCGAGCUCAGUGAAAUAGAUGAAAGCGACCACCUCAGCUCGGAUGCGCUUUUCCAUGCACGCUUGUUCAUGCACAUGCACGUUCUUGCGGUUAUCGUCCUGGCAUCCAUGUGUUUCGGCCUCAUGUGGGCCGUCCAGAAACGCCGCAAAAUGGCCGUCCAGAAAGCCUUCUUCGGCUCCAUGGGAGGUCAUAUCAUCAAAACUAAAAGUGGAGGCGGCUCCUUGUACUAUAAGCUCUACGAGGAAUGUAGCGUUCCUACUCAGCCGGCCGUCCACGGCUCUGGCUUUCCCUUCGCUAAGUUUCAAAUUCCGUCCUUGGUCAGUGAUUACAAAAAAGUCAAGAUCGUGAAAACCGUCAACGAAGUUUAAUGAGACUGAAAUAUCUGAUUGCUCGAUUUUUAAUUUGAGGGAAAAGAAAGAGAGAGAGAGAGUCCAUAGUCCCAAAUGACGUUGAGAGAAAGAAUUGGUUCUAUUUUUGUUAUUUGUUGUUUCUAUAGACCAUUUGCAUGCUUAUAAGUAAUGACUGGAACCCUAUGUAUCAAUCUCAAUUAAAUCAGACAAAUUAAGUUUUAAAAAAAUCUGAAACUGUCUCGUAAAUCUUUUCAAAAGCUUCAAGGGGGCACUUUAAAAUUACAUUUGGAACUGCUCUAGAUGAGUGUUCGUAUGUAAUUUUUAGGUAUUACACUUAAUGAAGUUUUAGUAUUGCAGAGAUGAUUUCUCCGAUGACAUCUUUACGAAUGGAAAUUCCUUCACAAUUGAAAAAAGUGCCUACCAGGAUGUCAAAAUUUUAAUUAUUUCCCGUUCACAUGAUUUUUCAAACAGAAUUUGCUCCUGUAUGAGUGUUAAUUCUCAUUCAUCACAUUACAUUUUACGUCAAUGACCAAAAUUAUCUCUGAUAAAUCGUUCAAGUAGGCGUUUAUGCUAAAUUAGAUUUGAACUUUUUAAACAUGAAAUAAGAAUUAAAUGACUUAUGUUUUUUUUUUUUUUUUUUUUUAAAUGAUUUUUACUAAGUAGCAUAUGGUGGUGUUAUGCCUCCUUGCAUCUGUUAAGAAAUAAUUUUGUCUUGCAUGUAAUGACAACCUACUGCGGUCGGAAAGAAAGAUACUCUUUCCAACUGUAGUAGGGAUUUUCAAAGAUUGUGUCUCGAAUCAAUUUGUUAAAAUUAAGUAAGAAUUAUACAUAGCUCUAAUAUCUGCUUAUUUUUCAAAAUGGAAGUCAAAUAUUUUUAAAUAGGUGACAGAACUUUCUCUCAGCUGGGUGCAACUUUGUCAAGAACAUUCUUACUCUAAAAGCUUGUCAUCUUGCUGUUCAUAAGAAAAAUAUUCUUGCUUUAAAUUUUCUCCCACCAAUACUACUAGUAAAAGUAAAAUGCAUGAUUAGGAGGCUAAAACUAUUUAUUAUCAUUAGUAAAGUAUAAGCACCUAUCUACCGUGAAUCAAACUAAAAUAGGAGCUUCGUCAAAAUUAGUCCUGCAUGAGAUCAUCGCUUCUUUUCAAAGUAGUGUAGCGAGUGGUAUUCUUGUAAUCGAAAUUCAUUGUUCCACUGGUUGAUUUUUUAGAAUCAAUCAAGUUUGUAAAAGACUUUUGAAAAAAAAUAAUUUAUAAAUUAAAUGAGAAGAAAAAAACACUAAAAAGUUGCCCGAACAGUGUGUAACAAGGUGGAGAAAGUUAGAAGUUAGAAGAAAGAAAGAAUUAGAGUUAUAAAAUUUAUUUUUGACUCUGAUUAUAAUUUUUGAAACUUCUUGGCUUUGUUUUCCCCGCGAAAUGGCGUGGACGCAGCACCAUUUCUCCAGCUUGUUUUAUAAAUAUAAAUGCCAUGUGUAAAACAGGUUUAAUAUUCACAAACUAUUUUUACAAUUGAACUUGCUGCUUGAGUCUACUUUACUCAAUAAUUUUAACAGCAUUAAAUGAAUUCAUGCUACGCACAUAGUUAACAGGCAGCGAAAAGCUUUUUUUCCUUUAGUAGCAACCAUUUGAAAUUCAUCCUCUGCUCAUUUCUCUAUAGAUUGUAGAGAAUAAAAUAGCUGAGCAGCAGCUAAUUUAUUGCUGAUUGAAUUUUCGGAAUUCAAAUAUUUUCAACAAGACAUUAUGAUUUUAAAAGUUAAUUUCUUCCUGCGCAGCUCAUCUUCGUGGCCCUAAUAGAAAAUAUUAUCAUCCCUUAUGUUUGCUCCUAAAAAUCUGUCAGCUCUAGUGCCUCGAGCAGUAGGUAUUUACUUUAAAUCAAAAUUUUUCCAAACAUAAUUUGAAGGCAUAAUUUUUUUCAAAGUUAUGUAGUGUAUAUUUUUCCCUUUUUUUAAUUGUAUUAUCUCACAAUUUUUACCCUGUCUGAGCGUUUGAGUCUCUUGUGUGUGUGUGUGUAUUAGUGUUGAAGUGUCAAUAAUUUUUAAUAGGAUUAAAAGAAUAUGCAAGAAAGCAAUUAAGCUCAUGGCUUCACCCGUAGAUCAUCUAUCUCGUGUUUAUUCAUGAAUGAAAGUGUUCUAAUUGUUUUAAAUUUUUUACUGUAAUUUUUCUGUAUUUAAGUUGAGUCAUUCUUCCUCCUUGUUUUCCAGCCCUAACGAAGUGCCUUAUUUUACCUGUUUCUAAAAUACAUACAUUCAUAGGUAUUAAGUUUUAAAAAAAUCUAAAGACAAUUCAGCUUAAUCACAUAACCUGAGGGAGUAAGACUGAAAGAAAUCUAUUUUUAGCCUUGCUUCCUCAGGUUGUGAGAUUGUGGUAUGUAGGGGUGCGUGUGAGUGUGUGAUUGCAUGCAUGUAUAUAUUGAGUCUUAGUGAUUGCAGAUUGUAUUGAUUAAAGUCUUUGAAAAAAGAUAACUUAUUCCCUGGCAAUUUUAAGUACCUUUAGGAUCCUCUGCAUGCUGUAAUGAUAAUAUCUCUGGGUCCAAUUUUUUGCAGCUUAAUUGUAGGUGCUAAGGAUGAAUUGAAUUUUUUUCUUAUGCAGGUACUUUUGUCCUGUCCCUCAGCCCUCUGUGUUUCUGAAUCGUAGAAUGUAGCUUGGGUGAUUUUUUUCUCUAAUUUUUCUUUACUAAGGUUGAACGUUUAAAAUGUUUUGCUUGAAAACGUGUUUUUGCCGAUUUUACAGCUUCAAAAAUUAUUUUGAAUGUAUAUUUCUCAAAGAAAUGCACACUACUGCCAGUGUUGCCUAUUUCUGAAUAAUAUUUUCUUCUUUUAUCUCCAUUUUUUUUUGCCAACGUGGCGCUAAUUUGUCUAUUUCCACAUAAAUAUUCUUACUAUAAUGCCUUACUCUGUGAGACUUGUAAGCAAGUUUGAUCUAUUAAUGUCUUCCUUUUUUAAUAUGGAAAAUCUCUUACAAACUCUUUUGUACCUAGGUACCCAGGGACAUGACAUCAGCAUGUCUCAAAUUUUUCCUUCCAGUCCUUUACAGUCUUUCUUUAUUUUGUCUUGCCAUGAACUUUCAUUCAGUUCGAAAGAAGUUGACCUAAAUCACUCGCCAACAUAUCAAUUGUACUUAAUACUGUAACGUACAAUCAAGGAUUACUUUCUGCUUACCUGCUUACAUUCCUUCCACAAAUAUUUUUACGUAACCUAUACUAGUAUUUUAAUUCAUAACUUGAUACUAAUGUCUUCAUGUAAGUUCAAGUAUUGUUAGUAAACAAAAUUUCUAUUUUUAAA